GCCGCCCGCUCAGUUCCCGCCGAGGCGCUCCCCGGCGCCGCGCUCCGCGGCAGCCGCCUGCCCCCGGCGCUGCCCCCGCCCGCCGCGCCGCCGCCGCGCACGCCGCGCCCCGCAGCGCCGGGCUCCCUCCGCCCAGGGGUGGCGUUGGGCCCGCGCGGGCGCUCGGGUGACUGCAGCUGCUCGGCUCCCCUCCCCCGCGCCGCGCCGCGCCGCGCGGCCGCCCGUCGCCUCGCACAGGGCUGCAUGGUCGCAUCGGGCAGGGUGGCUCCAGGAUGUUAGGGGCUGUGAAGAUGGAAGGGCAUGAGAGCAGCGACUGGAACAGCUACUACGCGGACACGCAGGAGGCCUACUCCUCCGUCCCGGUCAGCAACAUGAACUCGGGCCUGGGCUCCAUGAACUCCAUGAACACCUACAUGACCAUGAACACCAUGACCACCAGCGGCAACAUGACCCCGGCCUCCUUCAACAUGUCCUACGCCAACCCGGGCCUGGGGGCCGGCCUGAGUCCUGGCGCGGUGGCCGGCAUGCCUGCGGGCUCGGCGGGCGCCAUGAACAGCAUGACGGCAGCGGGCGUGACGGCAAUGGGGACGGCGCUGAGCCCGGGUGGCAUGGGCGCCAUGGGCGCACAGCCCGCAGCCUCCAUGAACGGUCUGGGCCCCUACGCGGCCGCCAUGAACCCGUGCAUGAGCCCCAUGGCGUACGCACCGUCCAACCUGGGCCGCAGCCGUGCGGGCGGAGGCGGCGAUGCCAAGACGUUCAAGCGCAGCUACCCGCACGCCAAGCCGCCCUACUCCUACAUCUCGCUCAUCACCAUGGCCAUCCAGCAGGCGCCCAGCAAGAUGCUCACGCUGAGCGAGAUCUACCAGUGGAUCAUGGACCUCUUCCCCUAUUACCGGCAGAACCAGCAGCGCUGGCAGAACUCCAUCCGCCACUCGCUGUCCUUCAACGACUGCUUCGUCAAGGUGGCGCGCUCCCCCGACAAGCCGGGCAAGGGCUCCUAUUGGACGCUGCACCCAGACUCCGGCAACAUGUUCGAGAACGGCUGCUACUUGCGCCGCCAGAAGCGCUUCAAGUGUGAGAAGCAGCCGGGGGCUGGCGGCGGGGGAGGCGGCGGCGGUGCCAAGGGCGGCCCCGAGAGCCGCAAGGACCCUUCGGGCGCCGCUCACCCCGGAGCCGACUCGCCCCUGCACCGGGGGGUGCACGGGAAGGCCGGCCAGCUAGAGGGCGCGCCGGCCCCCGGGCCCGCCGCCAGCCCCCAGACUCUGGACCACAGCGGGGCUGCGGCGACAGGGGGCGCCUCCGAGUUGAAGGCUCCGGCCUCCUCGUCUGCUCCCCCGAUAAGCUCUGGGCCCGGGGCGCUGGCGUCUGUGCCCCCCUCCCACCCGGCCCAUGGCCUGGCCCCUCACGAGUCCCAGCUGCACCUGAAGGGGGACCCCCACUACUCCUUCAACCACCCUUUCUCCAUCAAUAACCUCAUGUCCUCCUCGGAGCAGCAGCAUAAGCUGGACUUCAAGGCCUACGAGCAGGCACUGCAGUACUCGCCCUACGGCGCCGCGCUGCCCGCCAGCCUGCCCCUGGGCAGCGCAUCGGUGGCCACCAGGAGUCCCAUCGAGCCCUCAGCCUUGGAGCCAGCCUAUUACCAAGGUGUGUAUUCCAGACCCGUCCUAAACACUUCCUAGCUCCCGGGACUGGGGGUUUGUCUGCCACAGUCGCGCUGGUAGCAGGAGAGGAAACAAAACAAAACAAAACAAAGCAAAAAAAAAAAAAGCCAACAAUAAAACAAAACAAAAAC